GUUGCGUGGCUGAAUAUUAGAUGCAAGCUACUGAAAGGUUAAUUCAACAUGGACAUGAUUGAGCUAUACAUUCUGUGAUAUACUAGUAUACAGUGCUUGGCAAUGGAUUUCUGAAGAUGCCUUCAAUUUACUAAGGGACAGAGCACAAAACAGAGGUUCAGUCAUAGCUUUACGCCAAGGUCGAGCCGGCGCCCGACACUCACUUUACGCAGGAUGAGUCAGUUUGACAUCAAGCGUGAGAACUUUGAGAUGAAAUGUUGCAAGAUCAAGGUGUUGCUAGUGACGAUGCAGCUUUGUGUCGGAAUCGUCAUCACCGCUCUAUCCUUCUACCUACAGACCCUCAGUUCAUCAAUGAAAAUAAGAGAGACCCCAUACUGGGCUGGGCUGCCGUUGCUGGUGGCAGGAAUUGUGGGUAUUUAUUUCUGUGCUACAGACAUUGCUGCGUAUGCUGGGAGUACAAAAGCAUUUAUUGUUAAGUCGACGUGUUUUCUACUAUCAUUCUGCUGUCUGUUCGUCUGUAUGGUCUCCAGCGUAUUCUGUGGAAUUCCAGCAAACAUGAUCGCCAGUUUUAAUGAGUGCACAAACAUUGGCACAAAUAGCACAAUCACUCAGACAUGUCGGUGUGAACAAGAUACAAAAACUUACGAUUUCAACGAAGUUGAAAGUUGCGAUGUUGUCAUGACAAGCAUCAAAGAUUAUUUAAUAUUAUUAUGUGCGCUGAACUCAAUUGGAAGUGGAGUUUCAAUGUGGUUUGUCGGACUUUUAUGGAAAAGCCGAUAUAGGGAUUUUCACUCGGGUUUGAGAUUUUAUUCGUACAGUGCUAGUGUGCCAGACCACCCCUAGAGGGACCAUCAUACUAGAGGCGCCCCCUACCUAAAUCAGACUACGCCUAAUGUUAGCAUACAACAUACACCCAAGAUAACGCCUAAAUCACCCCUUAAAUUACUCCUAAAUGGAGACACUAAUAACUCAAAUAAUACAAGUUUUGACGAACCUGACAUAGUUGAGAUGAAUUAGAAGCGCAUGGCAGAAAUAUUCUAAAGGAUUAGUUCUAAAAUACAAGUUGAGGUUCUUCAGUUCUAACAUUUCAAUCAAAAACGCAAAAUUUAACAUUAUGAUUAAGCCCUAUGUAUACAGUUCUGACAUUAUCGUAAUGAUAAUUGGAUAGAUAUAUUAUCGUUAUUGCGGUUUUUAAGGUCACCUGAAUAUUCAAACUCUGUCGUGAUAUUUGUGGAACAUAGUUACAUUUCAUUAUAAUUCCGAAGAAUUACUCUAAGAAUUGUUCAUCUUUGUAAGUCAAGCUUACCAGCCUGAAGCUACUCUUUAACUCACUGUCUUUUACAUUGUUGACAAAUCUCUUAACUCGUCAAUCCACACUAUUCCCCAACCAGUUACUUUUCCGUAACAGCAAAGUUACGAGUUGGGAACAGUCAACCCAGUAUGAGCCAGUGGUAGCCAGAAGUAGCUUCUCCAUGCAGAGAAACUUGUAAAGUAGAACACCUCUGUUACUGGAACACUUUUCAGAAUCCCUACAAGACCAAAUGACUUAAUGUUAAAUGAACC